AUGUAGAAAUAAGAGAAGUCCCCUUUGUCAAGCUUGCAAAGCUUUGGAGAUAUAUCACCAGUGCCUGAAGAAGAUGAUACUGAGCUUAAGACUAUAUUAACAUCUCCAUUAACAACUAAAAAUUCAAAGAGAGCAUACUCAUUUUAAUUUACAUAAAGAACAAGAAAAACAUCUUAAGUUUUAGAAUUAACUGAGAAGCUUUAUUCUUGGAAUUCUUAUCUAACGAAAAAGUUUGCUGAAGUCCAACAAAAUUUUGAAUGA